CACAACAUGAUAAGUUUUGAUGUUAUCAGUGACGGUAACGCAAUUCAAAGAUUGCAAGUUUGGAAUUUAAAAUCUUUGCUGUAAUCAGAGUGGUGUAAAAGAUAAUGACUAUAUAAUAUUGUCCAGUGUGGUAAAUUUUUAAACCAGACCAAGAAUUGAAAAUGAUUUGUUGGUCCAUGGAAGUAUAAAAGACUAUUUCGUACAAAGAUGGCUUAUUACAGCCAGGUACUCGUUUGGGCCUAGCAGUGAAUCAAACAAUUAAAAGGAUGGUCCAACAGUAAUCAAGAAGAUAUGAACAUUUGCUUGAGCCCAUAAAAAAAAGUGGCACACAAUGGAGAAUGUACGCAUCCUUCCCGCAUAUCCCGCACAUAGCCACAUACGUGUUCUAUUCUAUAAGCGUUGUUUACAGAAUAAUUUGGUUUUAUUCACCAUCCGUUAGUUCCUUCACGUUGAAGUCAUAGACAAUAACGCAUACCAAACAUUAAAAUAAACUAAUUAGCUAGCUAGACUUAUCCUCGGUGUACUUACAAUCUCCCUCCCUUCUUCAGAUUACUAGUAUCAUACCACUAUUUAACUCUAGAUAACUUGAAUCUACGAUUUUCACUGAAUCAUUAUUGUUGGUUACGAGUCUCUUGAGUGUUGAUGGCUGAUGACAUAUUUUCCUCAAAAUAAUCAUACCAUUGGGAUUUGAGGACCACGUCAAAUCUGGCGGACACCGGAAAUGACGUCGUAUCGUAUGUAAAACGAAUCAUCACACAUGGUAACACCACCAAAAUGGACAAAGUCAUUGGUUUUACUGCAACCCAAGUAUCCCAACACUUACACUGCAGCAUUCAUAAGUGCUCAUUUUUUUUUUCUCUCUCUCAAAUUUGAAUACUCCAAAAAAAAAAAAGUGUUAAGAAAGUAGACUUCAUUGUUUCUUUAUUCAUGGAAAGUACGUUCCAGAUUCCGAGCACAAAGGCCACUUUUCAAAGAUCAGAACAUUGCACGUUUCCGUGCCUUCACUAUAUUAUAUCCUCUUCCCAAUACACCCCUUCAACUCAAACUCUUUCUCGAAAGUUCCAAACCCUAACGUAACCUCUCACCACCGCUCCCCCCAAUAAAAGCCACUGCACUCUCUUUCCCUUCCGCGGCAGGACAUGGAGAGUUACGGUUCAGGUCACCGUCCGUACGGAGGUGGCCGGAGGAUGGAGGUUGUGAGCGGCAAAAGCCACGGUUGGAGUUCGACUCAGUCGCCGGAUUCAACUCAGGCGAGUGAAAAGCCAUGGAGAUUCGGCGAUCCUGAAGCGAAGAGAAAGAAAAGGAUAGCGAAAUACAAGGUUUACGGCGUAGAAGGGAAGGUUAAGGCUACGCUCAAAAAAGGUCUUAGAUGGAUCAAGAAAAAGUGUUCUCAGAUCGCCCAUGGUUACUAGUAGAAGUGUAGAACUAGAACUACUCAUUUGACGUGGCAGUAUCUAAAUGCUGGUAUUUCAGUCCUGAUAUCACAUGCAAAGGUUCUUUUUCUCAAUUCUUUGUUUAUUUAAUUUGUCCUUGCAGUCGAACGACUUUGUGCAUUGAUAGAGGAUUUCUAUCCUGUUGUUUGUAUGAUCACAAGGGGCUUCCAUGAAAUAUGAGCCAUUAAUAGAGUUCUAUUUCCUAAUCGGAGUUUUGAUGUGAAUGUUGUUCGCAGCUAUUUUUUCAAGCUCCAUUUACUAAUAA